UCACUCGAACGGCGAAGCGUUUGGAGCGCACGCGGAACGCGCACGGGACCGCAACGAAGCAACAUUUUUUGGCUACAGCUGCCGCCAAAAAAACCAAAACAUGUAUAUAUAAAAAUACAAAAAAAAAAAACAAGAAAUAAAAACAAAAACAAAUAUAUAAAACGAUUUUGAAAACGCCGCGCAACACAAGCUUUUUUCGAUUCGAACGAAAAAAGUAGCUGAUAAGCGUUCAUUUGAAAUAAAUUUUGUAUAACUAAACUGCAAGAAUGGGCUUCAAAGGCGGCCACAGUCCGCGAAUCAACAAAACGUUGAUAUCAUUGAAGCUGGUCGUGUUCCUGAUAAUUAGUGGUCUCACAGCCUUGCAUAUUUUGCAUGCCACAAAACCGUUGCUGUUGGGCUUGAACUUCUCCGAGUAUCGCACAAUUACAAUUGUUGCACCCUUUGUCUCCAUAUUGGGUCCGUUGAUAGCGGGUCCUUGGGCCGAUCGUUUGGCUGCCAAGAAUCCCAAUGGCUUUGGACGCACCCUGCGCACAUUGACAGCUGUUUUUCUGCUGCUGGCUGCAUUGAUUUAUGCCUGUUUGUUUGCCGUACCGGAUGUGGAAAGGGAACCGGUGCAGAAGCCACUGGUGAGCUUUGGCUGCGACGGCAAUGGCGCCUAUAUAUUCCAGAAACUGUGCACCAACGGCACCUGCCACAACUGGGAGCACAAGACGGGCAACCUGAACUUGACUCACUGCACCUACAGCUGCCUGAAUCCCAAUCUGCAUGAGAAUAUGAAUCAAUUCUAUUAUUUUGAACAAUUCACGGCAGCACCAUCUACCGAACAGAGCUCUGAGUUCGAUUAUGAGGAGGAUCCGGGCAGUGCAACCACCGAAAGACUCCGACCCAGGCGACAGCUCAACUUGGCAUCGGACAUAUCAGCAGAUAGUGCGGGUGUCGAGCUCAUCAGCUCGGAAGUGGAGCGUACAAAACGACAGACAAAGAAGGGCAUAGCAGAGAAAUACAAUGUGGGACCCCCACAUUUGUGCAUCACGGAGCGCAAUGAGCAGGGCGAGGAUAUAGUGAAGAACUGUCAUGUCUACACCUCGGAUACAAGCAGCAUUGUGAUGCAUGCCGAUAUGGGUGCUGCCAUGGAGGAGCCAACAACCAACGAGACCGAAGGCUGGUGCCAGUAUCCUUUGUCGGGCAUUCAGUGCAACAUACCCGAUGCGCAGGCGCAGCGUAUCAAGAACCUGAAGAGGGGCACCAAUUGCAAGCCGAGUGUUCAGUGUCUGAUCCUUGAUCCAUACGAUGGCAAGGACAGUGUUCUCGAUGACAGUGAAUGUGUCAGGAUGACUGGCAGUGUGGAGGACACUCUGAUUGGUUAUUGGAUCAUUCGUUUGCUGGGCGACAUCUUCGCGCUGGCAGCUCUCACGCUACUCAAUACCGCGAUUGUGAUUGCCGUGAGGGAGACAUCGGAGGGUCGGGGUGAGGUGUGCCGCCAGUAUGUUUGGGGUGCCAUUGGCUAUGUUAUCCUAUUCUCGCCGUUGGAUCUGCUCUUCAUGCAACAGCAUCCCAAUCAGGAUGCCGCCUUGGCUGCCUUGAUUGUGUUCAUUGUUUGCUUUGUCCUGGGCGCUGUGGUGCUGCUCUGUGCCACCCAAAUGCCGCUCAGUCCACCCGAGUGGUGGUGGCACACCAAGACCGGCAUGUUGGUGGUGCCCAUGUCUGCCAUUCGUCGCUACAGCCCAGAGAUUGUGGUGCUUACACUGGUCUCCAUUUUGUUUGGCACCUUCUGGAGCAGCAUUCACAGUUUCCUCUACUGGACAUUCACCGAUGUGAAUGCCAUUUGUUAUUCGGGCAUUAUACUCAUUCUGGUGCUCUUCUUCAACGUGGACCGGUUCAUUGAGUAUUGCGGACACUCGAACAUAUUCAUUGCUGGCUUUGCCAUCUUUGUGAUUCGCUUCACGGCUCUGACUGAUGCGCAAACGGAUUGGCUGACUGUCAUCAUGGAGACCAUUGAGCCGGCUGUCAUUGGUCUGAUCUGGAUCACGAUUAUACUCUAUAUGCGCCAUGCUAUGCCUCGCAAAUUGACUGCCACCGGUCAGGCCAUCGCUGUGUUGGCCUUCUUUGGUUUAGGCAAGGGCUUUGGUGCCUUGAUUGGCCUUGCCCGUGAGGAGAAGCACCACAAACUGGAGGAUUGGACGUGCACCUAUCAGUGGCUGGCGAUCGUUGCCUGCGUUGUGUCGCUCGUCUAUUUCGUGAUCUAUAAUCUGAUUUUGGCGCCACGCUGCACUGCCAAGCCACAGCAUGCCGAGGAGCUGAUCUCGGGCUCAGCGUCGCAGAACCUUGGCACAAAUGGCACCACCAAUGGACAUGGUACAGGCACCGGGGCAGGGGGAGCGGGCGUUGGACCGGGUGCCGGUGCCUCAUUAAAUGGCACUGCCAAUGGCAGCUAUUCCCCGCUGCGUGUUUACCACAAUGAGCGGGGGAAGAAGGGACAGUUUAGAUACUAAAUAAUAGUUACCAGCUAUGGCGAUAUGAGUUCUCCUUCUUUUUUAGAUUUUCUGAUUGUGUGUUGCGCACAUAUUUUAUACCCCAUUAAAGGGGAUAUUUUUGCUAAGUGUAUACACAGAGAACAAAACAAAAACAAACAAAAAUGCGAAAAGUGAGCUACUUUUUUCUAAAAAAAAAAAAUAAUCUGUAUGGAACUUCUUUUAUUUGUUAUUUAAUGCAAACUAAGCGUGUUCGUAAUAUUAAUUUAAUGUCUACAAACAUAAUUAGAUAGGAAGCUGCCACUUCCCCUGCCCUCCGCCCCACUUCAUGUCGAUCUUUUUUUAUGAGGUUUCAUAUUGAAGGCAUCACAAUUAAAUAUACCUUUGCGUGAUUUUUACUAAGCAUACGAAUUGCAUAUAUACCACUUACAUACAUAAAUACAGACAUGAAUGUAACAAUAAAAAAAGCAAAAAGCAGAAAUGUAAUUAUACCAAAAUAAAAUUAAUGAUAAUUUUAUGUUUUGCAAUUAAGUAAAAAAA